UGGGCUGAUGGUACCCUCCCUUUGCGAGAAAACUGACAUUGAUACAACAUAUUUCAACACUUCAAGUCUUAAGAGGUGAAGAAGAAGCUUGAAGAUGGCCUCGACUCUGGCAGACAGAGCCAUUGGCGCCAUUAUUGGGGCAGCAGUGGCAGAUGCAGCAGCCCAGCCCAUGCAUUGGAUCUACAAUCCUGAUACGCUCAAAGAAGUUCUCUCUGAUCUGGAGCCCUGUCCGGAGUUUCGGCCUCAGUCAGCGAAUCCUUUCUACCGCAGGACUACGGGCGAGCAGACCUGCUAUGGAGACCAGGCGUACGUCCUGCUGGAGUCCCUGAGCCAGUGUGGAGAUUUUAGUGAAGAAGAUUUGACCAAGCGCAUCUACAAGUUCUUUGGUCCAGGAACAGUGUACGACCUGCCUCUCAAUGAUCCUUACAGACAGAAAGGAGCUCCCAAAGCAAUCCUCCCCAUAGAUGGCCCAUGGAGAAAUGCGAGCCUGAAAGCAUUCAUCAGAAAUGUGGAUGCUGGCAAAGAAGAAACUGGCUGUGAUGUGGACUGUCAGAUGGACGGGGUCACUAAGCUGGCUCCGGUGGUGGCCAUGUACGCCGGCCGCCCUGAGAUGUUGGAGAAAGUGGAGAAGGCCAUUCGAGUGACCCAGAACAAUGACAUGUGUGUGGCUGUGACACUGGCUGCGGCAAGGUUUUUGGAGCACUUCAUUCUGAAUGGUCCCGACCCUAAUGCUCUGGAUGCUGUUGUGGCUCACUUGAAUGACCCGAACAGACAGAACCCUCAGGAGCUGGACCGGGCUGUCAUUGCGCAUAUCCACCAGGUGAAGGACAACCUAGCCAAGUCAUCCCCACAGCUCAUACCUGCUGCGUUCAAAAACACAUGAGUGUUGCCCGAUGCGUUCCAGGGAGCGCUUCAUGGAGUCCUGAAGCUGAAGCAGCUGGAUGAAGCAGUCAGGGACACCAUGCGCUGCGGGGGGUGCACCUCCAGCAGAGCCUCCUUCAUUGGAGCCUGUUUUGGGGCACAGACGGGUCUCCAGGGGAUCCCAGAGUCUUGGAAGGAGAGGACACUCAGAUAUCCUCUGCUGCUGGAGCUAGCACAAAGUGUGGUCCAAAAGAGUCAGCAAAUGUAGUUCAGCUUUGAUUUUUGCCCUAAAUACAGUUGUUUUUAUCACAUAUCAAGUAUUUAUGGAGUCUGGAUAAUCAAAACUUUUUAGAAUAGACUUGCAGAUGUACUUUGACACGACGAUUCAUGACAGUCGCAUUCUCAAGUCUUGUACUGAAUGAAACUCGAACCCAUUUGCUCUGUCAAAACUGCAUCAUGUAAGAAAGUGAAAGUCUGUACAAGGAUUUGAUGUUGAGUUGAAGACAUUAAAUACAUUUAUCCUCAGCAGCUGCAUUUUAGGAAACCGUCUCAAAUAAAAGAUUGUAAUGUCACCAACA